AGACCGUUAAUUCAAGGAAAGCACGGGCAAAAACGCAACAAACGGGAAAGAAAAAAAAACAAAAUCGAAACAUAUGAAGGGCCAAGAAAGCAAAACCCUGAUUAUCGAGUUCUGUGAGAUCUGCAAUAUUUAUAGAGAGAGAGAGACCCUAAAAAAUUCCACACAGAAAGAGAGAGAAACUCCGAAAGAAAGUGCGAGAAAAUCAAGCAAGAAACCAGGAGAGGAAGAAAGCUAGUUAGCUGGGCAGCUCCCCCCACAGCUCCUAGCUCCUUUGAGAUCUUUCCAGCUCUUUUCUGUCUUUGAUCUUUCUUUCUUUUCUUUUUUUUUUUCCACUUGGUUUAUCUUCUGUAUUUUUCUUUAAUAAAUUUCAAUAUAUAUAUAUGAGGAUCCGCAAGAACGCGAAGCUCUCAUCCAUGUGGUUCAGCUCAUCGCACGCUUUAGCUCCCGAAUCCCUCCAGACGCACGUGUGCCAGCUCAACCAGUCUCCCUGGGAUGCGAUUUCCUUCGGCCCAGACACCUCUCACCAGUUCGACGGAGAAGAUAGCUUUACGGGAAAUGCGAGCCUGGGCGAUUCUGUUGGAGCUGAAGAGAGUGUUGCGUCGAUGAUGAACGCGGUGGCAGCGAAGGCGGAGUAUAUGGUUGUGGACGAUAACGAUAUCGUCGACCAUAGCGAAGAAAGGUCAAGAAGCUGGAAUGAGUUCGGGUCGGAGAAGCUGCGACUGGGAGGGAGGAGCUCGUGCUGCCAGAAAACCGAUGGGAAAGGUUGGCAAUGUAGGAACGAGGCCAAAGAAGGUCAAUCCUUUUGCGAUCACCACCUGUCUCUUCUUAGGUCUUACAACAACAACACCACUGGCAGUCUCAGGAGAGUCCCGGAAGCAGCAGCGGUCGCGGGGGCUCCUCGCGCGAGAGGUCGGGCGGGGAAGAAGGGUUCAUCGUCGAACCCUUACGAAUUCUAUUACUACUCUGGGUUCGGCCCGCUGUGGGGGAGGAAGAGAGGCGAUAGAAGAUCAGCAGGUUGGAACAAGAGAAAUAUCGAAGCCACCAAACUCGUCGACAACAACGGCGCCGCCACUAAUAUUACUACUGCUACUACUACUGCUCAAAGAGAUCAAAGCACUCCCUCCUCCUCGCAAUUCGAUAACGGUGGGGAUUUCGAAUACAUGGACGAGGAAGACGACGACGACGACGACGACGAAGACGAAGAGGCCGCCGCCAACAACGACAGCGGCAAGAAGAGGAUGCGGAAGCCGGUGAAAGCUCGAUCCUUGAAGUCUCUGAUGUAGGGGUACUACUCGGUUUGGUUAAUUUUAUGGCCGAUUUAGAUUUUUGUAUAUGAAAAUGUUUGUGUGUUUGUGCGUUUCGGUGUCGACAUUAUCGUAAAUUUAUUUUAUUUUUCCCAUUA